CUCGAACUCGAACGCGCAGUGUGUUUGGUGCAAGUCACUGAUCAGAAAACCGGGAUUUCUGUCGUUUCUCUCUUGGAUUCUGUAUUUAAGCCUUCGCCAUGACUUUACAAUGCCUCAUUGGUGCAAAGUUCAAUGACUUUGUAUUGAUGGCUACAGACAUGAGCCAUCUUCAGAGCAUCAUGGUGCAGAAAGGAGAUGACGACAAGAUGUACAAAAUGUCAUCAAACCUAGUAAUGGCAGUGUCUGGAGAGCCAGGAGACACAACCCAGUUUGCAGAGUACAUUGCCAAGAACAUCCAGCUGUACAAGAUGCGCAACGGCUAUGAAUUGGCCCCCUCUGCUGCAGUUCACUUCACAAGACACACUCUUGCCACACACCUGCGCUCUCGGGAACCCUAUUUUGUAAACCUGUUGAUGGGUGGUUAUGACACAAAUACCAACACAACUGAACUCCAUUACAUGGAUUACCUGGCAGCAUCUGUGCCAGUCAAAUAUUAUGCCUUUGGAUAUGGUGGCAUGUUCACUCUCUCCAUUAUGGACAAGGAAUACAGACCUGACCUAAACCAAGAACAGGCCUAUGAACUUCUCAAGAAAUGCACCUCUGAGAUCAAGCGAAGGUUCUUGGUCAACCUUCCCAAAUUCCGCGUCAGAAUCAUCUCCAAGGACGGAAUCAAGGAUCUGCCUCAUAUCGUUGCCGAGGGCGAACCAGCAUAAAUGGGAGACCUAAAUGGGGUCAGCUGUGCGAUUUAAGGGGUACAGUUUCAUGAAGAAUUCACAUUUUCCAUUUAUUUUUUCCUUCCUGUUUCCAUAGCAGGAUUUGGGGGAAAAGGAUUCAACAUUAAGCACUGUUUUUAUGAAUGAAUAGUUCCGAGUUAGAAGAUCUUUUUUUGUAACUUGAGAAAUAUUGCUGAUACAUACUAUUUCUAGUGUGGUGAAGAGCAAUAUUUGUCCGAUAUCUUCUGAAAUAUAAUAGGAAUAAGAA